UUCGCUAACUUGGGUUUGAAUCUCUGCUAAGUUGGGUUCGAGUCUUCGCUAAAGAGUUUUGACAACAUUUUGCAAAACUUUUAUUUAAAGGAGAUGCUGGAGUCUGUUUUACUGACAAAAAGACAUUUUGUAAAAAUAAUUUUUGUUUCGCAAUAUUUUUUUAUUUCUUUUAGAUUUGGAAAUUGGCCUUCGAUCAUCAGAAUAAAAGAAUACGUAUUGCUACCAGUCUGUGGAGUUUCUACCAAAAACAAAAAAAUUGUUAAUUUGCUGUCACAUCAUAACAAUAAUUGUUAGAUGACCGCUUAGGAACACUGUGUGAUGAGUUAUAAGUAUAUAAAAAAUAACACUGACUGAUAAUUCAUAUUUCAAAAAUUGUGAUUUCGAUAAAUUACAUUCGCGUCUGAUCGACAGUGAUGCCAAUAAUGUCUCUCAAUUUGAAAUCUUUUUAAGCCAGCAUGCUGCUGGUACUCGCUCUUCAAUCCGCAUAGGUCUGCUCACUCUGCUUCCUUGUAUCUAUCGCGGUCGGCGACGAAGUGCACGUGUAGAGAAAUGGCAGAUUAUAGCGAAAAAUGCGAUGACUGUUCGUUUGAUUAUAGUGAAGAAAGGCAAAAAGGCGUUUGCCUGAUAAAAGAAGAAUUUAUUAUCGAGGACCAUAUGAGACAAUUGAGCGAACAGUGCUUGACAAAAAUCAAUAAGCAAAAGAUGUCUGAUAUGGAUACAGGCGCGGAAGAUAUGGAUAGGGAUGAAGUACCCAUCAAGAAGCCCAAAUUGGACGACAAGAGAGAAAAGCUCAGAGGUCAAAACAAGGCCAGACCGCCUCCGUUUAAAGCUUCCCGAGAAUUCAGUUUAUGUCCAUGGAUCGCAGAUCAAACGGCAGAUGAAUCUGAGCGAAAAUGCUCGAAUCAGCGCUGUACCUUCCUACAUGAUCGAAAGGAGUAUCUGAAGAUUAGGCCGGCGGAUGUAGGUACAGAGUGCUAUGUUUUUAGUUUGACUGGCAGGUGUCCAAGAGGAAUCACUUGCAGAAUGGGCUUACAACACUUGACUGAGGAUGGUUUUAACAUUAUCGAUGAGAAAAAAUUCAAGGAAUACAGUAAGUCCCCACCGGCUGUAAAAAAUAACUUAUCCAAGGAUCUGCAAAACAAAUUGCGCAAACGAAAAUACAAUUUUUCUAAGGCGGAGGCUAUUGUCAAAGCUAAUGGUCCAGCUAGGAAAGAAACACAACUGCAGAAUUCAAAUAUAAAAACAGAAAAUGAAGCGGAAAACACUAAUACAAAGCCAGACAUUAAGGCUGAUAUUUCUGACAAUAGCAACGGCGAGAAAGUAGACAGAAGCAUUUCUAGCGAUAUAAAAGACGAGAAAGCGCAAUUGAAUGUUCCUGAUUGCGAUAUUUUGCACAAGUCAAAGGAACCGAGACUCGGACCUGUGGACGAUAGCGAUUUAAUCAAAUUGCGACAGUCGGAGAAGAAGACGAUUGACUGGAGAGGCAAGAUACUACUCAGUCCUUUGACCACCGUGGGCAAUCUGCCGUUUCGAAGGAUCUGCAAGGAGUAUGGCGCGGACAUCACCUGCGGCGAAAUGGCAUUGGCACCGAAGAUACUAAAGGGCGCGCAGGAGGAGUGGGCAUUAGUGAAGCGACACGAGAGCGAGGAUAUCUUUGGCGUACAGCUCUGCGGCAAUAAUCCAGGUGUGCUGACGCGAUGCGCUCAGCUGCUGAAUCACGAGAUUAAUGUGGACUACAUUGAUUUGAAUCUUGGCUGCCCGAUCGAUCUGAUUUACAGGCAAGGCGGCGGCAGCGGUAUGCUCAAUCGACUGAACGUACUCGAGACCGUGGUAAAGUCCGUUAGCCAAGUGCUGGACAUACCGUUGUCCGUUAAAACCAGAACUGGCGUCUACAUAGACAAGCCGAUCGCGCAUAAUCUAAUGCCGAGAUUUCGAAACUGGGGGGUGUCUAUGAUUACUGUUCAUGGCAGAUCGCGUGAGCAGAGAUACACGAAGCUGGCCGAUUGGGAGUAUAUAGAAAAAUGUGCGGUGGCAGCGCAGCCGAUACCCGUGUUCGGAAAUGGCGAUAUUUUGUCCUUCGAUGACUAUCGUCACGCGAAGGAAACCUAUGGUACGGUGCAAGGCAUUACCAUCGGACGCGGCGCGUUAAUCAAGCCGUGGAUUUUUACUGAAAUAAAGGAGAGAAAAUUAAUCGACAUAUCGAGCACAGAGAGAUUUGAUAUUCUCAGGAAGUACGCGAAUUACGGGCUCGAGCAUUGGGGAUCCGAUACCCGUGGCAUCGAAACUACGAGAAGAUUCAUGCUGGAAUGGAUCUCCUUCCUUCACAGAUACAUUCCCGUUGGAAUUUUGGAGAGACCACCGCAGCGGAUUAACGAGAGACCAGCGUUUUACAGAGGUCGCGAUGAUAUGGAGACGUUGAUGGCCAGUUCCAAUUGUGCCGAUUGGGUGAAAUUAUCAGAGAUGUUGCUCGGAAAAGUGCCUGAUGGAUUUCAUUUCUUGCCAAAGCACAAAGCGAAUUCGUGGAAAUAGUUACUGUGGGAGAUAAACAUUUUUGUAGAGAAACGUUUCUCGAGACAAUGAAUUCUAUUAUAAGUUGUUGAUUUUUCACAACAAAUGAAACGUAAAAGAGAAGGAUUGUUCAUGGUAAGAUAAAGCGACAUGUUAUGUUUUUCUCAUUUUCGUAUAUAUGUAUAUAUGUAUAUAUAUAUAUAUAUAUAUAUAUAUAUAUAUAUAUAUAUACAAUAAAUAAAUAUUUUUUAUGAAAGAUCUUGUUUAUUAUGGACGUCACAAAGUUUCUUGAUUUUUCUAUGCUAUAACGAAACUUUAACUUCACUAAUAUACAGUUCUACUAAAUU